GAUGGGCAGCACUAUCAGCCAAUUGGAGUGUGUGGUUUAUAAUUUAACCAAUUACAGGAGAGUAGGCGGGGGAUAUUUUGUAGUAUCGCGCUAUCAUACAUGUUCCGGGUGUGCGGACGUUGCUGAUCAUUUCCUGCACUGUUGCAUGGUGGUCGAACAGGAGGAAUUGUUGGAAAUUUUUUCGGAGCAGCUGAAGCAUGCUCUUGGCUCAGAUAAACCGGGACUCCCAGGGAAUGUCAGAGCGGUGACAGUGACAGAUGGUGAUCAGAUGGACAGCAUGGACACAGUCAGCCUGCAGGCUGUCACUCUCGCAGAUGGUUCCACGGCAUACAUCCAGCAUGAUACCAAAGCCUCCUUUUCAGAUGGGCAGAUCAUGGAUGGGCAGGUGAUCCAGCUGGAGGACGGCUCGGCCGCCUAUGUUCAGCAUGUGUCCAUGCCCAAAGCAGGGGGGGACAGUCUACAGCUGGAAGACGGGCAGGCUGUUCAAUUAGAGGACGGAACUACUGCAUACAUUCACACACCCAAAGAUGCAUAUGACCAGGGUGGUUUGCAAGAGGUCCAGCUGGAGGACGGCAGCACGGCCUACAUCCAGCACACGGUGCACAUGCCUCAGUCCAACACCAUCCUGGCCAUCCAGGCUGACGGCACCAUCGCCGACCUGCAGGCCGACGCCACGGCCAUCGACCCCGAAACCAUCAGUGUGUUAGAACAGUACAGCACAAAGGUGGAGAAUGUUGAAAACUCGCUGAGCCCGUUUGGCCGAGUGGAUGCAGACAGCGGGGUCCAAAUGCGGAUUGUGUUACAGGGUCAAGACAACAGGCCUCCGCGAGUGUCCAAUGUGGGAGAAAAGUCCUUCCGCUGUGAAUAUGAAGGCUGUGGAAAACUUUACACCACUGCCCACCAUCUGAAGGUGCACGAGCGCUCCCACACCGGAGAUAAACCCUACAUCUGUGAAUAUCGCGGCUGUGGGAAGAAAUUUGCUACAGGGUAUGGACUUAAGAGCCACUCACGCACACACACGGGAGAGAAGCCAUACAGAUGUCAGGAAAUGAACUGCUGCAAGUCCUUUAAAACCUCUGGGGAUCUUCAAAAGCACACAAGGACUCAUACAGGAGAGAAGCCCUUUAAGUGCCCGGUGGAGGGCUGCGGCCGGUCAUUCACCACCUCCAACAUCCGCAAAGUCCACAUCCGGACUCACACAGGAGAGCGGCCAUACUACUGCUCCGAGCCCAGCUGUGGCCGCUCGUUUGCCAGCGCGACCAACUACAAGAACCACAUGAGGAUUCACACCGGAGAGAAGCCGUACGUGUGCACCGUGCCUGGCUGUGAAAAGCGCUUCACAGAGUACUCCAGCCUUUACAAACACCACGUUGUCCACACGCCCUGCAAGCCUUACAACUGCAACCACUGUGGGAAGACCUACAAGCAGAUCUCCACGCUGGCCAUGCACAAGCGCACCGCGCACAACGACACCGAGCCCAUCGAGGAGGAGCAGGAGGCCUACUUUGAACCUCCCGCAGAUGCCAUUGACGAUCCGAAUGUCAGCUACUCGUCCACCGUGGUGGACGCAGACGACUCGGGCUCAGAGCAGAUGCCAGUGGAGGCCUCUGACAUAGUGGGUCCGCAGCAUGUGGCCUUGGUCACUCAGGAGGACGGAACACAACAGCAGGUCAGCAUCUCUGAAGCAGACCUACAAGCUAUGGGUGGUACCAUCACCAUGGUGACCCAAGAAGGCACAACCAUAACCAUCCCAGCUCAUGAACUGGCAGCACAAGGUGCUCACUCUGUUACCAUGGUAGCAACAGAUGGGUCAGAUGAACAGGUGGCCAUCAUGACGCCUGACAUGGCCUCAUUUCAAACUGUGGAGGAGGCAAACUACAGCCAGGAGCAGGAAGAUAUCCAUCCUGUCACGUUACUGGCCACGUCCAACGGCACCCACAUCGCCGUGCAGCUUAGUGAUCAGCCUUCGCUGGAGGAAGCCAUAAGAAUAGCAUCAAGAAUACAGCAAGGAGACACGCCGGGCUUGGAUGAUUGACGGAAUCAUUUUGGACGAUGAUUUAGGAUCAAGACCUUUUCAAAUGAACUUAAAUUAAUGGGAGAAAUCAUGAGUCUUCCUCCUUCUGUUUUCCACAAGUGAACGUAGCUUUUAUGUGUACAUAGGUUUUUGAUAACUGGACUUGUGCUAUGAUAUUUUGUCCCUCAUUCCAAAAAAAAAAGAAAAAUAGUGAAGGAAGGGGGGAAUGCUUUGUAAUGUUUAUGGUGCACAAUGCACAGUGCAGUGUACAGUUAAUGCUAUUUCUAAUUAAAAUAAGAAAAGUGAUUGUGAUUAUUAUUCCCUGUAAAUUCCUGUUUUUCUGGGUUUAAUUCCUGUAUUUAGGCAUUCAUUUCCUCUAUUCUGGGGGUUUAAAUACUUAAAACACCUUUGCUCAGCUGUUCAGGGGAAGAAUUGCACAACAAACUUGUAACUUGAUUAUUCCUGAUAAGUCACAAAUGACUUAGAGGAAAAAAGAAUAUGACUAAGGAUGAUAUAAUACCUGAGUACUACACGUACCCUGUGUAGAACAGAAACACCUGACAAGGGAUGACAUAGACUCAUGACUCAGUUUAGGAAUUUUCCACCUGUCACCUCUGCCCUCGGUACUGUACAACUACUGUUUGGGUGUUUGCAACACAAAAUAUUGACACGUUGUGUCUUCAAGGUAGUGGCCAUAUAUUGAGUAUAUCAAUAAUCUGAAUGGAUAUUUUGCCAAGUCCUUACAAUUUCAAUACUUCUGCAAAAUAUGUAUUGGU